AUGGAUCAUCGAUCAAUAAGACUACAACAACAACCAAUUACAACAACUUUGCAGUCCUCCUCCUCAUCUUCCCAAACAUCAUUGGGUAGUAUUCAUUCUUCUUCAUCUUCAUCAUCAACAUCAUCAACGACGACAACUCCUUCAACAUCGAGUUCCCCUGUUUCUUCACCUCAACCACCAUCAUCUCCUUUACCGACGAAUACUUCUUCGUUCACAAACAGUAAUAAUUACACUUUUCAACAACCUCCUCCUUCCGUAGUCGUUCAACAGCAACAACAACAACAUCAACAACAACAACACCAACAAUUAAAACAACAUCAACAUCAACAACAUUAUUUACAACAACAGCAACAACAACAACAAUUUAACUCUACAUCACUUGGAUAUCAUAGUCCAUUGGUAUUAAAUACAUUAUCACCAUCACCACAUUACCCAUCACCAUUGUAUCCUCCCCCUUUACCUAUAUCGUCACCAUCAACGACUUCAUCACCAAUGUCAACCUCGUCGUCUUUAAUGUCUUCGUCAUUGUCAUCUUCUUCAACUACAUCUACCCCGUCGUCGAUGCACCCACGCGAAGUCUACGAAUCAUCACCAGGUGUAGGAGGCAGUGGAUGCGAUGCUUCGAAAGUUGGCAAAAUUUGUGAUCUUUGUAAAAAAGAUUCUCCUCAAUGUCUUACUCCAAAAUCAUCAUGGGCUACAAUCUUAUGGGUUGUGUUUUAUUCACUUAAAGAACAACAUAAUCAACAAGAAUUCUUUUCAUUAAAACGUGAUGUCUAUAACUAUGUCUUGUGUCAUUGGGAUAUUCUUUGUCCAAAGAAAAAUAGAUCACAUAAAUGGAAAAAACAGAUUCAAGAUGCAUUAUCACAUUCUAAAGUAUUUACAUCUGGUAUUCAAAAAUUGGGUUGUAAUGGAUAUUGGAAAUUGAAAUCGUACACUAAUCCUUGGACAUCAAGUAAACCUGCUGAACUUGAAGAUGUCAUCCAAGGAUCCAAUAUGGGUGGUAGUCAUUCGGACCGCGAAGAUAUGGAUUACAACUUUGAGGAAAACUCGGUGAUCCAAAAACGUCCAUACGAAGACGAAGAUGACGACGACGAAGAUACUCCUCAAACUAUUGGAAGGCAGCAACAAGCUGCUAUCAGUUUGAAAAAACCAAGAAUCCAUGUGGACAUUCCAACCACUCCCACCAUGGUCACCCCUUCCCCCACAUCUUCUUCAAACUCUUCAUCUCCUACCAACUCUGAUGGACUUGGAAGUAGUGGUAAUGGUAUCAAUAAUAAUAAUAAUAAUAAUCAUAAUAAUGGAAACAUUGGUUUUAGCAAUGGCAAUCAUCAAAAUGGGUCAUCAUCAAACAUACCACUUAGUCCAAUCAAUACUAAUUCACAACAACAACAACAACAACAACAACAACAACAACAACAACAACAACAACAACAACAACAACAACAACAACAACAACAACAACAAUCUUUUAAUAUUGGUAUAAACAAAUUUAAUACACCAAAUAGUUUAAGACCAAAUAAUUCAACAUCGUCAUCGUCGUCGUCAUCGACAAGUGUAUAUGGCACACAUUUACAUCCAUCAUCACCAAAGGUGAACUUUGGAGGAUCUACUCCCACCGCACUUGUUGGUAGGGGUCAGUCUAAUGGUGGUGCUGGUGUAAGCAAUGCUUGCAAUAGUCCCAUUUCAUCGACUGCCAGCACCAACAAUAUCAUCAAGCAAUUGUACGACACUGUGAGCAAUCUCUGUUCGCGAUUAGACAGAAUAGAGACAAACAUGGCCAAAGACAUGUCAGACUAUCGACUCAAGAUGGACGAAUUCUUUACCAAAAUGCACCAACAACAAGUACAACAUCACCAACAAUUACAACAACAAGCUGCUCAACAUUUACAACAUCAUCAUGGACAUUCUAAUCAAUCACCACCUUUAUCAUCAUCAUCAUCAAACCAACAGAAUCAAUCUUCUUCUCCAAAACAACAUGAAUAUAACAAUUCUUAUGAAUCAAAUAAUAAUAAUAACAAUAAUAAUAAUAAUAACCGUAUUAAUACUUCAUUACUUCAAAACAACUCUAAUAAUAAUAAUAAUAAUAAUAAUAAUAAUUCAGCUCCAAAAAAUAAUCAUAAAUCAAUUGUUGCAAAUCUUAACCGCCCAAGCGAUGAUUUGAAACCUGAUAAUAAGAUUCAUCUUGGUAGUUGGUCACGUGCAUUGGAUACUCUUGCAUCACCUGAUCAACCAGAGGCAAUGGCUGAUCCCUCAUUACAUUGCAAUGACUCUCUCCUUUCAAAACCCCAACAACAACAACAAUUUGUUAGAAAGAGUCCUCAGCCUCUUUCCCCACCCAUUUUAAAUGAAACAAUAACCUCUUCAAGUUCUAGAACUGUUUCUCCUUUACUCCAACAAUCAAAUAAUAAUAAUAAUAAUAAUAUUCAACAAGAUUAUGUUUUUAAUCAAUCGACGUCAUCAUCAAAAAGUCCCUCCCCAUCAUUAUUUAGUGGUGGUGGCGGUGAAGAUGAUAAUCAAAUAGCUUUACUAAAAAUUCAACAAAAGGCCUACAAUAAUAACCAAAAUAAUAAUGCGAAUUCAACAACUGUAGACGAGAAAUCACAAAAUAUCAAUUUCCUUUUAAAUAACUCCUAA